AUGGCCACAGGGGACCUGGAGUUCCCCCACGUCUUCACCAGCGCUCACGUGAUCGGCGAGCACCUGAGCGCGAACUUGAUCAAGGCCCGCGGCAGCGAGGAUGCGCGCCACGAGGAGUUCGUGGACGAGCUCCGGCGGGUUCGAGAGCUCUACCAGCAGCGUCUGGAUGAAGCUGAAAUGCUGGACAGACACAUCAUUCAGGCCCGCGCACGAGCUCUGGCAGAGAGAGAACGGACCGCGCAGCAGGCGGCCGUGCUGGGCCUGGAGACCUCCGUCAGCCUGCCUCCAGUGAAGACGAUCUUCAAGUGCUGUGUGGACAGCGAGUUGCUGCAGAGGCAUCAUUUGAUCAGCCCAGACGAUUACUACAGCGAUCCCGUGCCGUUUUGCUCUGCGCCUAAAGGCACCUCCAUCCCUGGGGGUUCAAAGCUCACGUUCAGUUAUGAGAAGCGCUCUGUCCCAGUGACGCACAUGACCAAGAAGCUGGAAGCUUCCUGCAGAAAGCUGCUCGCCAAGGCUGAGGAGGGGCUAGACUUCACCGUGGACAGCCUGACGUGGGACUCGUCCUUAAAGGCCCAGCGCAAGACUGUCCAGAAAACAGGCCCACCCAAGAAUAAGAGCUGGGUGACGCACCUACGGGUGCCCCAGAGACAAGCGGAGCGGCUUCUGCUCGCCAGGAUGGACAGUCGGGUCCGCUUCCUCAAAAACCCGCGUUUUUUCCCUCCUAACACUCCACGUGGAGGGAGGUCUCUGCUCUUGCGUCCGGGGAAGCCAGCGCUGCCGGGAGCGUGCCAGAGUGAGCCGGGGGAGAGCUGUGCUGAUGCUCCCGUGUUCCUUGCUAAGCCAUCGGUCGGAUUUUUCACAGAUUAUGAAGUCGGGCGAGUUUAUGAGAUGGUGAUCUCGCUGCAGAACACCACGGCCACCAGCCGCCACCUGCGAGUGCUCCCGCCAUCCACGCCCUACUUCGCGCUGGGAUUGGGGAUGUUCCCGGGGACAGGCGGGAUGGUGGCCCCCGGCAUGGCCUGCCAGUACACCGUCCAGUUCUCCCCCGACUGCCUUGGGGAUUUCGAUGAUUCCAUCUUAGUGGAGACGCAGUCGGCCCACGCGCUCCUGAUCCCCCUGCAGGCCCGCAGGCCUCCCCCGGUGCUGACACUGUCACCCGUGUUGGACUGUGGCUACUGCCUCAUCGGGGGAGUGAAGAUCACCAGGUUUCUCUGCAAAAACGUGGGCUUCGGUGCCGGCAAGUUCUGCAUUUUUCCUAAAAAGAACUGGCCACAGCUAAGCUUCAGGGCCGUGGCCACCAUGGGCUUCGUGGAGGAGCCCCCCUUUGGGAUCCUGCCAUCCGUGUUCGAGCUGGCCCCGGGGCAGGCCGUGUGCCUGGAGGUCCUGUUCCUCCCGACGAGCCUGGAAAAGGCAGAGCAGACCUUUAUCAUUGUGUGCGACAACUGCCAGAUGAAGGAGCUGGUGACCGCAGGAAUUGGGCAGCUGAUUGCCUUGGAUCUGAUCUAUGUUUCUGGUGGAGAGAGUGAGCCGGAGCCUGGAGAGCUCACGGACCUAACGGCCCCGCACUUCGUACGCUUUGAGCCUGAGAACCUUCAGUGCACAGCCAGAAAACAGCUGGUUAUCAGAAAUGCUACGCACGUGGAGCUGGCCUUCCACUGGCAGAUCAUGAAGCCGAACCUGCGGGCCCUACUGCCUGGAGAAGCGUGCAGCAUGGACAGCCUCAAGUGCCACCCCGACAGGGACACGGCCUUCUCCAUCCUGCCCGAGAGAGGCGUUCUCGGCCCCCACACGGACCACGAGUUCGUCCUGACCUUCUCUCCGCAUGAGCCCCGGGACUUUCACAGUGUGUUUCACAUGGUGCUGGAGGACGUCCCGGAGCCCCUGAGCCUGGAAUCGGCAGAGCCGAAGGACCCCUCCUCCUGCGCUGUGGACGACGUGAUUGUCCUGGAGGUCGAGGUGAAAGGCUCCGUGGAGCCCGUCCAGGUUCUCCUGGAGCCCUACGCCCUCAUCAUCCCCGGGGAGAACUAUGUGGGCAUAAAUGUGAAGAAGCAUUUUAAGGUAGGCGUGGUCUCUCUCCAGCCCGCGGAGAACUUGGCCUUGCUUUGCCCCCUCCCAGAGCCCAAUGAGGUGGAGGACUUCGAGCUGAGCUUUACCGGCGGCGUCCCCGGCCCAGCAAGCCAGGACCUGCUGUGUGAGAUCCAAAACUCCCCCUCACCGGUGGUGUUACACAUUGAGGCGGCCUUUAAGGGGCCUGACCUGGUCAUCAGCACCUCGGCCCUUCAGUUUGGCCUGCUGCGCCUGGGGCAGACAGCCACCGACUGCAUCCGGAUCCAGAACCGCAGCCAGCUGCCGGCCGAGUGGCACCUGCGGGAAAGCCCGGAGUGCCUCCAGGAGAGGUGUGAGACUGUGUCUCCCUUCAGCAUCGAGCCCUCGAGCGGCCAGAUCCCUGCUCUGGGCGAGUGCAGGGCGAGCGUCACCUUGGAGGCCACGCGGUGCCAGCACCUGCAGACGGUCCUGGAGCUGGAGGUGGUCAGUGGGGCCUGGAGCUACCUCCCUGUAUAUGCGGACAUACAGGAGCCCUACGUGUAUCUGCGAAACAGCCAUGUGGAAGUCCCCAACCUCUACCUGGGCGUGCCCACCAAGGCAGCCGUGACACUCAUCAAUGGCACGCUCCUGCCCACCGACUUCCACUGGGGCAAGCUGCUGGGGCGCCAGGCACCCUGCUGCACGGCCAAGGUCUCCCCGCGACGCGGCACACUGGGCCCCAGUGAGGAGCGCCAGCUCAGCCUGGAGUUGACGGCUCACACCCAGGACGAGCUGAGCGACCUGGCCCUCCCUUGUACCGCGUCCGGCAUGAAGGAGCCGCUGGUCCUGGGCAUUUCCGGGAAACCCCAGGGACUGCAAGUGGCUAUUGCCACCUCUGUGGAGGGCCCCGACGGCAGUGUCCCCGGCACAGAGUGGCAGCCAGACCAUCCGGAGGAGCUCUGCCUUGACUUUGGCUCAACGGUGCCUCUGAGGACCUGCGUGAACCGCCAGCUCGUCCUGACCAAUCACUCCCCGAUAGAGACCCUGUUCACCCUCAAGUUUGAGUACUUCGGGAGCCCCCAAAACAGCCGGGGUCAGAACGCCAGCCUCCCCGACGUGCCACCUGCCCUGCUGAAGACGUCAAGGAUUCGAGAAAACUGGGCCAAGCGAGAGCAGCUGAAUUUCAUGGAAAGCAUGCUGUCUCAUGGGAAGGGAGCCGCCUUCUUCCCCCACGUCUCCCAGGGCACACUGGGGGCCCGCCAGCAGCUGCGCAUCAACGUCACGGGCUGUGCAAACAUGUGGGGCCAGUACUGGGAUGACCUCACCUGCACGGUGGGCGACCUGCCGCCGGUGGUCAUCCCCGUGCGCAUGGCGGUGGUGGGCUGCCCCAUCAGCUCCCAGAGGACCACUUACUACACGGCCGGCCAGCCGCAGAAGGAGCCUGUCAUCAGGUUUGGCACCCAGGUGUCCGGAGGAGACACAGUCACCCGGGUCCUUCGCUUGAAUAACUCCAGCCCCUGUGAUAUCCGCCUGGACUGGGAGACCUACACCCCAGAAGACAGGGAGGACUGGCUGGUGGAGCUGCUGGUGUUUUAUGGACCACCUUUCCCGCUGCGGGACCAAGCGGGGAACGACCCCUUGUGCCCAGAGACCCCUGAAAGCAGCAGCUCCUUCUGGUCUCCAAGCCCCUCCAAUGAGUCUGAGUCCAGCCACGAAGUGGUCCAGUCUGCCGAGAGCUGCUCCGGUGUCACCAACGCGGCCUCGCAGAAGCUCAUCUCGGUGGUUCUGCGGGCGCAUGACGGGGUGCCCUCUGGCCCCCUGUACCGCGUCAGCCCCAAGCAGAUGGUGGUCCCGGCGGGGCGCAGCAGCACCAUCUCCAUCUCCUUCACACCCGCGGCCCUCGGCCCCGACAUCCAGCACAAAGUGGAGUGUGUUGGCUAUGCCCUGGGCUUCCUGAGCCUGGACGACGAGGUGGAGAGAGAGCUCCCUGGGCGGCGGCGGCGCGGGCAGGACUUCGCCGUGGGGCCCCUGAGGCUGGACCUGCAUGGCCACGUGAGGCCCGCACAGCUGAGCGUGGAGCUGGACAGUGGCGGUAGCAUGGAGUUCCGGCACCAGGCCAGCGACCUCAUCCCCAAGUGGCCCUGCCAAUCCCCCACACGUCAGCAGCCCUGUCCUGAGGUGCUGAGUGAGCUGGUGACCACCCGCCACCUGAAGCUGACCAACACCACAGAAAUCCCACAGCACUUCCGGCUCCAGGUCUCCAGGCCCUUCUCCGUUUCCCAAGCCGGGGCCAGCCGCAGCCGCGGGGCUCCUGGCCCGGAACCCGGGCGGCAGGAGGAGCCGGCCACGGCGGCCAGGCAGCUGGUGCUGGGCCGGAGGGAGAACAUGCUGGUGGACGUGUGCUUCUCGCUGUCCCUGGAGCUGCUCUCCUACCAGAAGCUCCUUGCUGACGAGCUGCCGCCCGGGAUGGGCAUCCGGCAGCAUGCCAGCGGGGAGAAGGAGAUGGUGUUCACUCAGAACCUGCUCCUGGAGCACGCCAACCGGACCACGCAGGUGGUGCCUCUGAGGGCCACCGUGGCUGUGCCCGAGCUGCAGCUCUCCACCAGCUGGGUGGACUUCGGGACGUGCUUUGUGAACCAGGAGCGGGUCCGGGAGGUCUCCCUCAUGAACCUGAGUGGCUGUCGGAGCUACUGGGCUGUGCUGAUGGGCCGGCAGGAGCCGGACACGGAGCCCGCAGCCUUCAGGGUCUCUCCAAGCAGUGGGCAGCUGGAAGCGCGCCUGGUCAACGCGCCUCCGAAGACCGUCACCCUCCAGGUUUUCUUCACUGCCAGGAGCAGCACUCGGUACGAGUCCACACUGGCGGUGGAAGGCGUGCUGGGCGAGCAGGCGUGCACCCUGAGGCUCCGCGGACACGGCUCUUACGACGAGAGACACGUGUGGGCCCCCUAGCUCGGAGGCUCUGCCCUCGGCCCCCAGCCCUGGAAAUAAAGCAGGAUCUAGAGCUGCGCUA